AUGGACGAAAAAGAAUCAUUUAACAAAAUCCUACAAAAUAAAACUUUCCUCUUGGAGACUUUAUCUGCAGAUCCCAAUAUCAUCUUGCAACAUGUGCACCAGGAUAAACUUAUCACUCAACGGGACUACGGGAAUCUCUCAGAUACUACAAAAAGAGAGCAGAAAGUCAUCGACCUGCUUGACAGACUCAUGGGCAGGGGGGAGCAAACUUGUUGUCAGUUUAUAAAGCUUCUAAGAAAGGACGAAAUAUUGGAAAUUUUUCCAAAACUAAAGAAUCACGCGGUCAUCGCUUUUCCAGCCGUGCCAUUCCAGCAUCCAGUGCAGGAGGUCUCUGAAUACAAAAUAGAACGAAAUCCACGUGGCGUCUGCAUGAUCAUCAAUAAUGUAGAAUUUGCAACCAUGAGUGAAAGAAGGGGAUCGGAUAAGGACCAAGAGCGUCUUGCCAAAGUGUUCAGCUGGCUGGGGUUUACAGUGGAGGAGCACAGAAAUAAAACUGCAGAUGAGAUGAAGCAUCUUCUCGAGGACUUGGGGAGGACCGUAGAUGGAGACUGCUUUGUUUGCUGCGUCCUCUCACAUGGCAUGAAGGAAGGAGUCUAUGGAACCGAUGGUGCUGUUAUUUCUGUGGAUCAAAUACGAGAGCCUUUCAAAGGCAAUAAAUGCCAGGCGCUAGUCGGCAAGCCCAAGCUGUUCUUCAUACAGGCAUGCCGUGGGUUAAGAAAUCAACAGGGUGUGCAUGUCCAAGCAGAUGCUCAUGGUGGCAGAGAGUCUGAGAUGGAGAUGGAGAUGGAUGAUGAUGAUGAUUUUGAUAUCACGUUCCCGGCCGACACGGAUUUCCUUAUUGCCAGGUCAACCAUCGACGGUCACCUUUCUUAUAGAAAGCCAGAGCAAGGCUCCUGGUUUAUUCAGUCGCUUUGCCAAAACCUAGAGCUCCAUUGCCCAACGCGUACAGACAUCCUGACAAUCCUGCUUAAAGUGAAUGAUGAUGUUAGUAGCCAGGGAUUGAGGUCCAAACAAAUGCCCGUCCAGGAAGUUGCCAUAAGGAAGAAGCUGGUCCUGCUGCCACCAAACCUCCAGUGACCUCCUCUGCCUUUAACUGCAAAAAUAACCUUUUAAUUCAUCCUGAAAAAGUAAUGCUAUAUAUAUAUGUAUAUAUAUAAAACAUUAACCAUUAAUCUUUGCCAUAGUGUUAUUGUUAUGGUGCUUUAUCAGUGCAGUAAGACACAAAGUUUUAUCUUAACUUGUUUCACAGGGAACAGUUUUACCAUGAACUGAAAUUUCACUGAAAUACACACUCUUUAUUACGCUUAAACAUUUUGAAAUUGUAAUUCUCAGGUAUUCGAUCUUUAAAAGGCAUGUCUAUAGUGAAUGUUAUAGCUUUGAUUAGUUGCUCUUUUUGAGUGUAACCGAUUGAAAAGUUUAUGAACCUAAAUAAAUCUGCAAACCGUUAAAUAUC